AUGUCGUGUUCUGCCGAUUCUCCUAGGUCAUCAACCAUUCCAAACAAAAAGAACAAAAAGCUUCGUGCUUCUUGUGACGCAUGUAACGAGUCCAAAGGUCGUUGCUCGCAAACAAAGCCAACCUGUGUGAGGUACGAGAAACAGGAUAUCCAAUGCAUAUAUGGCCUCUCACGACGUACACACAAAGACGCUCCACGGGUUGGGGCUCCAGUUAGCAGUAGUUGGAGGAAUUCUAUAAGCUCUGGAUUGGUUCAGCAAGAGCCUACACCGGCGGAAACAUCUCAACACUCCCAGUCGGAAGAGUCAAUAUUCGCAUCUUUGGACUUGGCCCAUCAGAGAACCGAUACCUUCAUUUUUUCACCCAUCCUUGAUCUAUCAUCCUACGAGACAGAUACCUCCAUGACUGCGCCACCUAACUCAGGCGCGUUCUUGGAUAUGACAAACAACUCCGACACACAGGUCCACCGAGAGACGGAUUGCUUCAACCUACCUCCUAUGUUGCAACUAUCGCCCUUUCAUAUAGAUUCUACGAUGAUGACACCCCUUGAUUAUGGCGACAUUCCGUCUCUUUUCAAUUCUUCGUCUGAUGAUUCGAGCACAACUAUUAAUUCCACUCCACCUUCCACGGAACCUAACUCCAAAAGAAGGGUGACAGCCGCAAUACAAGCAUUGUAG